AUGACACGAUCAACUGUUGCAACGUCUCUCUUGUGCCUCUCGGCGCUCACUGGAGUAUCCGAGGCUGCCUUCAACUGGGCAAACGUCAAUUCUGUUGUAGCCUUUGGUGACUCUUAUUCCUCCGUCUGGGGAACUGCUGGCUAUCCCAAUUACACGUUUAUUGGCUCAAAUUUACCAAGUCAAUACGCCUUUACUCCCUCUCAGUUGCUCAAUGAUCGCAUAAUCCAGAACUAUUCGGCUACAGCUGAGGGCGGUCCCAACUGGCUCGAGUUCCUCACCGGAUGUGCCGUCAAGCCCGGACUAUAUCUGCCUAGAUCUUGCAGCAACCAGCUGUGGGACUUUGCCUUUUCCGGCGCCAGCUAUAGCAAACAGUUCUUUCCCCCGCACCACUCCUACACGGUUCCCGUCGCGAACCAGACUCAGCGCUAUCUGUCCUAUGCCGACCAGACGCUGGCCCUCGACAAGUCCCGUUCUCUGAUUACCUUCUGGUUCGGCAUCAACGACGUCUUCGACACCAAGAACUUUUACACGGGACCGCUCACCGACGAGCAGCUGUGGAACCAAAUAAUCAGCGCCUCGUUCCAGCAGAGCGUCAUGCCUCUGCUCAGGGCCGGGUUCAGAAACGUUCUCAUGAUGAAUUUCCCGCCUCUAGACCGCGCCCCCCCGAACCUGCGGUCGAGCGACCCGUACCCGACCAAGUCAAUGGUUGACUUGUGGAACUCGAUCCUGGCCAAGCAGUCGGCCCAGUUCCAGGCCAGCAACCCUGGCACCAAGAUUAUGGUCUACGACGACAACAAGUUCUUCAACCAGGUCCUCAACAGCCCCGGCUCCUACGGUAUUCGUGUCACCGAUAACUUCUGCCGCGCCUACGAGAAUCCCGACGUUGCCAACAACCCCAGCAAGUAUGGUUGCUAUCCCCUGAGCCAGUACUUUUGGCAGAGUGGAGCACACAUGUAA